GAGCCGCUCCGGGCAUCCCGGCGCUCCCAGCCGAGCCGCUCCGGGCAUCCCGGCGCUCCCAGCCGAGCCGCCGGCCCGAGGGACAGCCGGGGCCCGGGGACGCCUCGGGGCGGGCCAGCACCCCGCUGGGCCAGCACCGCGGAGCGGGGAUGAGGACAUGGGCCUGAACGCUUGGGACAGCAGUUGUGAUUCUCCUGUGCCUGUAGCUGGGAACAGCCAUGUCAGCCCAAAAGGGUGGAUGGGUUUCUUCCUUGGUUUUCCUUCUCUUCUGUGCCUCCUCCAUCCCAAAAUGUGGAAGUGCCAGCCUGCAGCAGGAGCCGAGCCCCCAGCACUAUUUCAGUGGCUUGGAAGCUGGAAAAACAUCCCUAGCUUUUUUCACCCCCAGUGUUUCUCCUGGUGCCCAGCCCUUCUUGGAGCAGAUUGAGAGCUCAGCUGAGGUCCUCAAGGACUAUGGCAUUUCCGUGGUGAAGGUGAAUUGUCCCAAAGAGGAUGUCUCAAGAUAUUGUGGAAAAGAAAAUGCAUUAAGGAAAGCCUUCCUGUUCAGAGGGAACCGACUGAUCCGAGAGUUCCCCACCGACGCCCUGUUCGACGUGAACUCCAUCGUCGCCAACAUUUUGUUUGCCCUGCUCUUUAAUGAGGUUAAAUAUGUUGAAACACUGGCAGACCUUGAGAACAUUGAAAAUGUGUUGAAAGGGAAGUCAAACAUGGUCUUUGCCUAUGUACCAGCUACUGGGACAGCAGAGCACAGAGCUGUGAUGGAGGCAGCUUUUGUCUAUGGCACCAUCCACCAGUUUGUCCUGACAACUGAGGCAGCACUGCUGAAAGCCACCAGCCAUGAUGACCCCGAUGUCUCUUCUGCCUGGCUCUUGUUCUGCCACUGCCAGCAGGUCACAGAGCCAGCCCAGCCCUGCAGGAGGACAGCCCUGGCACAGCCCCUGACCCUGCUCAGCAUCCACAGGCACCUCAAGCUCAUGGGGGCUCCGUUGGUGACAGAGGUUGCUGAGGACCCAGAGAAGAUCUCCACUGUUCACUUGCAGCUCGGGCUGCCCCUGGUGUUCAUCCUGAGCCAGAAAGAGACUUAUGAGGCUGACAGGAGGACAGCAGAGUUUGUGGCCUGGCAGCUCUUGGGGAAAGCAGGAGUUGCCCUUUUGUCCAGGGACCUCGUAGAGCUGAACGUUCUGCACCGGUCAAACGUCGCCCUCAAGACACCAGAAGAGGGAAUGCCAAUCCAAUACCUGGUCUUGGAAGACACUGAUGAAGUUAUAACCCUGGUGGAAGAUAAGAACAAGGUCAAACAAAUCCAGGAGGAUGAGCAGGAGGAGGAGGAAGAUGAGGAUGAGAAAGAGAAUAAUAAUCAAGAUAUUCAGGAUGACCAGGUGGUGGAAGCAGUUUCCAGGGACAAGAAGCGAGAGCUGCCCCUGGAGCAGAUCCUUGUCCUGACAGAGGAGAACUUCCACUCUUCCCUCUCGGAGGCUGCCCGGACAGUGGUGCUGUUUUAUGCCAGCUGGGAAGCCGUGUCCCUGGCAGUGCUGCGCUCUUACUCCGAGGUGGCCGCUCACCUGAAGGGAACCCUGGGGGUUUUGCUGUCCCGAGUGAACUGCUGGGACUGGCCUGGCCUUUGCUCCCAGGAGAAUGUCACCCAGUUCCCCACCAUCAAGAUUUACAAGGAGGGACAGCAGUCGGUGACAUACGAUGGCAUGUGGGGAACAGAGGAGCUGAGCAGCUUCAUCCUGCUGAGCCAAGUUCCCUGCCCACUGAAGCUGACCACCAUGGAUGAAGCAGAAGGAUAUUUAAGAGGGGAGAUUCCAUCUGAGCUCUCAUCCCAUCACCACACCUCACUCCUGGGAGUUUUUAGCACAGACACCAGCAAAGCCAGGGAAGCUUUUGAAGAGGCAGGAAACAUCCUAAGUGGCCACGUAAGGAUGGGGAUGUAUUUUGAAGAUGAUGCCUUGGCUUUAUCCCGAAAAUACUCCGUGUCCCCCCCUGCCCUGCUCCUCGCCCGCAGCGGAGGCCGGAGCGUGGAAGGCAUCGCUCUUUCCAAACACAGCGUGCAGGACAUGGUGCAGAUGAUCAGAUAUGAACUGCUGGACAUUUUUCCAGAAAUCACCGUGUCAAAUCUGCCCCAGUACUUGCAGCUCGGAAAGCCCUUCCUCAUCCUGUUCAGUGCUGGUAACAUCAGUCAGAUGGAAAGAAAAGAAAUGCUGAAGCUGGCAAAAGGAAGACCCCAGCAGGCGUUUGUGGCUUGCUGGUUGAACCUGAAGAAGACUCCAGUGGGACACGGGAUCCUCAGGACGUACUUUUCCACCACACCUCCCUUGCCUGUUCUCCUCUGGGUCAACCUCCAUGCUGGUGGCCAGGUAUUCAAGUUCCCAUCAGAGCAGUCCAUCACUGAGAUGAACAUCUUGUCGUGGCUGGAGAAGCUCCAAGCAGGACUGGAGAUUCCCAGCAGUACCUUGUCUGAGGAGGACUGGAAGCCACCACUCCCUGCUUACGACUUCCUGCAGAUGAUGGAGCCAUCCGUGCCUGAGCUGUCCCCCCAGCCCGGGAAAACCCCGGACCCGCCCAAAAUUCCCGGAGGGGACACUGCCAGAGGGGGAGGGGACACUGCCAGCCGGGAAGAGCCAUCUCAGGAGAGCACAGCAGAGGAGUUUGGUUCCCCUGGGAGGGACCUGCGGGGCACAGCCCCGAGGCUGGCAGCGAGGGACAAGCAGGGCAAGAGGCACAGCGAGCUCUGAGAGGUGUGGGACUGCCCUGGGAAACCUCACACCUUCCCAGCCUUUUCUCCAAGGAGAGGAGUGGUUUCAGCUGUCAAGGACUGCUGAAGGGAAGGGCCACUCCCUGCUGCAGAGUGCUGGGGGCUUCUGAUGCCAGGGACGUGUCUGUGCAUCCCACACGUUGUUCCCUGGCUGCUGUUGGGAGCUCACUGAGCAAAAAGCUACACUGGAAAACACAGAUCAGCCCUGCUCUGUAGAUUCCCCAAAUCUCAGAGUUACUUCAGUUGCCCCUGAGCAGAAAGGGGUGAGUGGUUCCAAGAUAAAAAGCCCAUUUUUCUCUUCCCUGCUUGCAGGAGAAGCUCUACUGAUGUGUGACAGAAAAUCCUGCGCUGGAAGCGUGUGGAGCCAGCAUUCCACCACUCCAGGGCUGCUCCAACCAGCCCCCAGUUGUGUUUACACCUGACCCAAAUUCCAUGAGCAUGUUCAUCCUCAGGGGGAAGAGGGGGAUCUGGUCAAAGCAGAUUUAUUCCAGAGGCCAGAGCUCAGGUCACACAACAGUCCUGAAUAGCUGGGACAAAACUCUGCCAGCAAAUCCCGAGGGUGGGCAGGUUGGGAGAUGGCUUUCCUCACUGCUGGCAUUUUCUUGGUCACAAGCCCAGGGGGUUAUUUGCAGCCUCGAUUUGUCUUUGCUCUCGGUGACAGCGGCGAGGUUGGUGCCUCCUGAGCCAGGAAUGGUGCAGGGAGCAAGGUCUGUGGAAGAGGGGAGGGAGAUGAGGGUCAAAGCUGGACCUUUCCAAGGUGGAAUGGAGCUGCUUCCCAUCCAGAACUUAAGUGGGGAGAUUGAAAACCUGGGGAAGUGGAUUUCCAGCCUCUGCACAUCUCCUGGGGACAAGAGAUGGCAGGGGGUUGAAAGCAGAUGGGUCUUUAAGGUCCCUUCCAACCCAAACCAGUCUAGGAUUCCAUGAUCAUCCCACUCCUGUCAGUGAAUAUCUCCCUUCCACAGCACUGCUGGGAUGUGCUGGGAGGGUCAGAUCCUCCUCCUACUCCUUGGGGCUCUGGGAAGAGGGAAGAAUGCUGGUAAGGGACUGCUGAGAGCAUUGCAAACUCUAUUUCUUGUUCUGCAAGCAGCACACAUGGCUGUGAGUCUUCUGAACUACCCAGAAAUAGAUCAUUAGUCCUGGGAUCUCCUGGAAGCCCUUAAUUGAGAGAGACAAUUUUUGGACUGAGUGACAGGCUUUGAGCCAAAAUGUAUGUAUUUAAAGGAAUGAAGUGCAGCCUGCUGAUCAAAGGCAUUAUUCCCAAGGGAAGGGUGUGCACAGAUCCUUUGUGUGUUCCCGUCAUUCCUGUGCUCCAUGAGGUCCUUACGCUGCUGAAUUCCACAAACUCUACAUUGGUCAUUUCCCAUCCUGUCCCUGAUCAGCAGCGUGGAAUCCCAGAAUGGGUUGGGUUGGAAAGGACCUCCAAGCUCAUUCCAUCUCAUCCCACCCCUGCCAUGGGCAGGGACACCUCCCACUAUCCCAGACUGCUCCAAGCCCUGUCCAGCCUGGCCUGGAACACUUCCAGGGAUCCAGGGGCAGCUUCUAUGGGUACCCUGUGCCAGGGCCUCACCUCCCUCACAGCCAAGAAUUUCUCCCAAUUAUCCCAUCUGUCCCUGCCCACUGGCAGUUUGAAGUGCAAUAAUUGGGUUUUUCAUUGCAUCUUGAAUAAACCCCAUCUCCAGAAGGCUCACCUGCAUCUCCUUUGGGUGGUGGGAGCAGGAUGAUGGGGUGGGUACCCCUCAUCAGCAGGAUCCUUGUGGAGAGGAGCAUUCCCAUGUCCCUGCUCUUUAUCCACGUGUCCUUUUCCCUGCACAGCCCUUCUCCCGCGCGGGACUGGGGCAGGAGUUUGUCACUAGGGGUCAGUGCCACAUCUCCAUUGUGGCUUCCCAAAUCCCUGCCUCUCCCAGUGCUGCUGGAUCGAGGCUGGAGGUCGGGAACAGCUUCCCGGUGGGAUCCUGUGGGGAUGCUGCUGCACGAGGGGCCGUGCCUGGCUUUGCUGGCACCAUCCCCAACAUCACCAUCAGCUCCCAGGCUGGGUUGGGAUGCCCAGAGCCCUGAUGCUUGCAGGUGCCAGCACAGACUUGGGAAGGGAUGGAGUUCUCCAUGUCCCAUCACUUCCAGAAUCCAGCUGGAUUGGCAGCUGUGGGUUUGCAGCUCAUGGUCCUGGAGCACAUCAGGUGGCUUUGAGUUUAUUGGGGUUUUAUUUUUCAAUACAAAAUAUCUUUUCCAUUGUGUAGCCCAAACAGGUGCUUGGGGAAAUCCAUGGAGGCAGAAAUGUGCCAGGUUAGGUAUGGACAGGGGGGAAAUGUUUGGGAUACUGAGGGCAAUUUGAUGGGGGUCUGCAUCCCAGAGUUUCCUCAUCCACUGGAGGAAAUGCUCCAGCAUUUGGGUGUUUCCAACAACAACAGCUCUGGGGGCAGAGUGGGGUGGACAGAAACACUCUGAGGGUGUUUAUGGAAUCAGCCAUGGAGUGGUUUGGGUUGAAAGGGACCUUUCAAAGGACAUCCAACCCUGCCAGGGGCAGGGACACUGGACAAGGCUGCUGCAAUUCCCAUCCAGCAUGGCCUGGAAUUACAGCCUAGGGUGAGAAGUGAGGCAGAGGAGGCAGAGCUCAUGUUCUGGGGGGCAGCUGUGAGGGACAGAGUGAUUCCCAGGAACCUGGAGGAGCAGGAUCUGAACUGUCCCAAGAGCGUGGAGGAGCAGGAUCUGAACUGUCCCAGGAGCCUGGAGGAGCAGGAUCUGAACUAUCCCAAGAGCCUGGAGGAGCAGGAUCUGUCCCAAGAGCCUGGAGGAGCAGGA